AUCACGCGUAGACUUUAAAAAAUGCCAUGUUUUUGCAAGUUUCUUCCCAAAAGCAAGCAUUACUGCACAUUGGACAAUGCAAGUGUCAACUUAACGACCGAACCGGUAGCAACAACUCAGCAGGUGUCAGCCUCGGAGGUGGUGCAACUGAAGGCAGAGGUGUGGUGUCUGAGAAAUUCUCUGUCGGACUCAUAUUCCAUCAACAGCAACAUGCAGGAUACAAUCACCCAAACGGUCGCGGAAAAGUACGCACUCUUGGAAGAAUUGUGCAUGGCAAAAAAUGAAACGGCCCUGUUGGAAACGCAACAUCGAACGGAGCGGGAUCUCUACCGACAGGAGAAGGAUAGGUUUCUGCAGGAAAUUGCAUCCCAUCGGAUGAAAAUAAACGAGCUCUCGCAGCUAGUGGAGAAAAUCUCCGAGCAAAACAUUCAGUUAAAGAAGUCACUGCUCGAGGCGAAUGACACAAUUUACAAAAUCGGACGAAAAUAUAUGAAGCUCAAAUGCAUAGAUUGAUGAAGUGUUUUUUAUUAGUAUUCAUUGUUUUUGA